UAGUGGUCGCUGCGCCUGGGGAAGAGAUUGUAACUUGUCUUUCACUUUAACAGCACAGUACUCGGACCUCUCACAUUUGGGUGCCAACUUUGUCGGACUACUUCGAACAGCACACCGUAGCUUACUCGGACCUCUCACUGUGGGUGCCAACUUUGUCAGACUACUUCGAACAGAGCUCCGGGAGUCGCAGACGGCAACAAUCACCUCCUCCUCCCUGCAACGGUUCACUUUGGACUGCACUGCAGACAAUUAUCGCACAGCAUCACCUACUUUCACCUCGUCACCUCUCGGGGGCCCUGUAUGUGAAGCAGUAUAAAGAAGAGGAAGAGGAAGAAACUACCAACAUGGACGACCACCAUAAGGACUGGUUACGGCUGAAGGGGAAGGUGAAGUUGGUCAACACCUCUGGCCAACUCCUCAAUAAGAUCCAGGCAUGGCUGGAGAAGAAGGAGAAUUGUGCAAAGAAUCUAUGGAAGCUGGUAAAAGAACUGGAGGACCUCAGACAGAUAUGUAACGCUGGGGAAUGCGUAGGGAACACUGUAUCUGUCAUAGGCGCUGCGUGUCUUCUAGGGGGCAUGGUGGCCACCUUUUGCACAGCAGGGGCUGCAGCCCCGCUUCUGGGUGGGCUCGGGGUGGCAUACUUGGGUACAGGCACCACAAUCAGCUUGACCACAAAGCUAAUCGAACAUUUUGUGUCCGGCAGCAGUAUGGAAGAUGCAAAGAAGGCGGCAAAGGAGAGCGAAAUAAUUGAAGAGGAAAUAUUGGAACUGAUAGAAAAGCUAAAGAUGGAGAGAGUGAACCCUAUGCAAGAUGCAAGCGAGUACAUUGCAAUGUGUAUUUUUGAAGCCAUGUCGGGGAUGGGUCACAAAGGGCGGCUCCUGCAUGGUUUUAUUAAAGUUGGUGAUACUCUAAUGGCACUAUGUAGUUUUUUCGUAAUUUUGAGCCUUAAAAAACGAGGAAAAAUAUCAACAAUGCUGGUGACAACGAUAAUACAGGAACUUGCAGUCGCCGGAGGAAAGUUUGCAGCUAAAGGAUUAUGUAUGGCAGUGGCAGGAGGGAUUGGAAUGGUAUUCGCACUUCCGGAGUCGAUUGACAGCUGGAAGGAGCUUGUCACAAAAAAGCAUGUGACUGAAGCCAGCCAAUCACUGAAGAACACAGCUGAAAACAUUGAUCAGUUCUGCAAGGACCUGAGGAACAAUCUUAAAAGGAUUCAGGAGGACAUUGAACAGAUGAACCAGCAAAUGAACCAGCAGACGACCAACAAUAAAGGAAACCAGAGCAAUCAGAACCAGCAGACCAACAGCCAUCAAGGAGACCAGAGAAAUCAGAACCAGCAGACCAAUAGCAAACCAGGGGAUGAUGAUGAGGAGGACAAGCAGCAGAACAACAGGGGGCAUUUGGACAUCCAGUUUACGGACAGCGACGAGGAGAGUGACAGCGACGAGGAGAGUGACAGCGAUGAGGAGAGCGACAGUGACGAGGAAGGCUAUUUGCAGAUGGGACUGUUCAAUAUCAGGUCCAUGGUCCAAAAGGCUGAUAUGGUAUCGGAAGUCAUCCAAACAAACAUGCUCGAUGUCUUUCUCACCACGGAAACCUGGUUAAGGCCUUUAAAUUUCGAGACAGUGCUCCAGAACGCUUGUCCCCCUAACUUUGAAUUCCACCAUCAGGCCAGACCAAAGGGGCCUGAUGGUAAAGAAAGAAGAGGCGGCGGCGUGGCCAUCCAACACAGGGAUGUGUACAUCGGCCAAGAGAUAAGGGUUCCAUUCGAUACAGCGUUUGAGUAUGUGGCCGUGGUCCUGGAAAACGACCAGUGGGAGGUUCCCGUCCUCUUGGUCAACGUGUACUUUCCUCCGGGAUACAACCGGGUACAAUUUCAGCGGUUUGUAUAUGACUUCAGCAAGCUGCUGGACAAUUUAGAGGAGAGGGGGUACGACCACGUCAUCUUCACAGGUGAUUUCAAUAUCCACAUGGACGAAGGCAUGCAGUCCUCUGCCAUAGAGUUUCAUUGGCUGUUAAAUAAUAGGGGUCUUGAGCUACGUACCAACGGGCCAACACGUUAUCCAGGGAGACACACACUGGACCUGGUCUUCACCCGGAAUGUGGAUAUUCGCAAUUUAUCCUAUGAAUACACUCCCGUUGAGGAACGUGUCUCGGAUCAUGUGAUUAUUUUAUUCCAAGCCACUCCGAUAUCAAUAGACAAAAAAAAAAAAAAAAAAGAGAAAAAGAGGAAAUUCAUACGAAAAAAAUAAAAUAUUAAUAAUAAAUAUAGCUGCAUGCAGCAAUGUGGGUGUCAAGCAUAAUGGGACUCUAUAAACAAAUUCUGCCGGGCGGACAUAAUCGGCUAGUUGGCUACAUGACGACCGUAUCGGUAAUCGGAAGGACGUAAUGGGCUAGGUGCAUAAUGGGACUCGAUAAACUAAUUCUGCCGGACGGACGUAAUUGGCUAGGUGGCUACAUGACAACCGUCUCGGUAAUCGGUAAUAACGACGGCUGGUGGAAUGAACUAGAGCAUUAUGCAAGUACGCGGACAUAAUCGGCUAGGUGGCUACAUGACGACUGUAUCGGCUAGGUGGCUACAUGACGACCGUUUCGGUAAUCGGUAAUAACGACGGCUUUUGAAAUGAACUACAGCAUUAUGCGAGUACGCAGACGUAAUCUUCGCUGCUUGACACCCAAUAAGUAAAUUAAACUAAUAAUAGAUGAAACCCCUAUUGCAGGCAGGACAUUUUUUAGCAUAUAUAUUCCCCAUGCUUUGAAUCUAUAUGUAGUGUUAAGGGAUUUUAUAGGACAUAGGAUGUGACGUUCCCCCCUGGGGAUUAGGCUUGGUGGGUUGAAAACCCUGGAACACUGGAAUAAAGUCAUGCUUCAAGAGUA